AUGGCAGAGCUCCUCGGUAUUCGGACUGACCUGCGUGGUCUGUACCAGGACCUUUCUGCUGUAUCAGAAGGGCACCUUGACAAUGUCGAGCGACUUUGUUUCGAACUGGAGACACACAUUCAAGACUUCCGCAAGCUCCUAGACAAGCCAGCAAAAAACAAUGCCAGUCGUCAGGCGGUUCUCUCAGGGAAGAUUACCGUUGCGGAGGUUGAAUAUUCGGUCAAUGCGGAUUUCCAGCAGGGCGCACUGCAGCUGGCAGAUGCCUUGGACCUCGAUGAAUUACAGGCUGCAGAAAUGUUUUUGGUCGCCCAGGAAGAUUCACAGGCGAUGGACAGACCCCCUCUCAUCGCAGCCAUCCUAUCCUUCCAUGAGCGCCGCCUAUUUACUCUGGAGUGUCUACGCCUCAUUUUCAAAGAAUCAAACGAGGUCGAACACGAAACCACCCAGGGUGUCAUGCAAGAAACACUAUCCUACAUCCUCGAAAUCAAGAACAGCUCUUUACAAAACGCCUCCCUCUUUGCGCGAAAAGCUCUGAACUCCAUGGCCGAUAUUGAAAGAUGGAUGACGCUUCUUGGGGAUCAAGCUCAAAAGGCCACUCUCGUUGGCCAGGAGAACGACAGCGAUGUCAUGGAAGCCAUUGAUUUCCAGCGUGGCAGUCUCAAGCAGCAGCACGAAUCGCUUGGUGCAAUCAUUUUCUACAUGUUCAAGGGCACGUAUACUAGCCCUGAAGACUUCCGUGCUCUUGUGGGGCAAUUGAAAAACCUUGACCGGUUCGACGGACAACUAUUCGACUACAUGCCCGUUACAAUUGCCGCUUUUGUGCAACACGGUUCCCCCGAGGGUUCCGGGUCCGAAAAAGUGGCCCGGGAUCUGAACAAAUUGAUGACAUCGACGCAAGAGAGCCAAAGCUGGAAGCUACCGAAUUUCCAUGCAUGCAUUGCUGUUUUGUGGAUUUCGGUUUACAGCGGCUGGUAUUUUGAUGGAAUGACAUCCCCCUCAGUCGAUGCCGAGAAAGAAUCUGAAGAACGCACCAAGAGCUUCAUGUCUUCCCUUGAUGAUGGUGCUCUUGACUUCAUGCUUGCCAUUUGCUCCACUGUUAAUGAUAAGGAAUGGGCUGAUCCUGCACGAAGUGAACUAGUUUCUCUCCUCCUACGGGAGAGCGUCGUCUCGUUGCCUGAAUCCGAGUCCUGUUCCGUCUACAUGAAGCAGCUUUUGAUGGAAAACUUCGAGGUCUUUGUGGAGACGUGCAUCGCCAAUAUGCCUGAUGCAGUCCGACAAUUGAAGUCUGAGGAGGACUCACAACGUCUGGAGCAAAUUACCGCACUUCGCGAUGGCCUUACUUCCAAUCUCCACCGUGGAUUAGUCGAGGCGCGUACUCAUCUUGAGUCUCUCCUUAUGAUCAUUACAUUUGCAUUUGAACACCGCGAAGAGGCUGCUCAGGAAUUCUGGGGUGAUCCAGAUGGCAAUCUUCAUGGCUUCCUUCAAUGGGCAUCCAAGCGGCAAACCGUUCCUCGAGUGAGCGCCUUCUGCGAAAUGCUGUGCUCGAUUUCAGAGGGCGAGGAAAAUGCACUCGCAGCGCAUAAAUUCUUGACAGAGGAAGAUAAAUUCAUGUCUACCAAGUUCAAGCGAUCCACGACCAUGAGCUGGUCGCAAAUGUUUGCCGAGCUCAAGCUGUAUGCGUCUCGAGUCACUGAAAAGCCUUCCGGUGGUGCAGCUGGACAGGGACAGAACAUGUAUCGUGGACGCAAACCAGAGCCCGUCGAGAUGAACGAGCCUGAAAGCCCUGUUAUGUUGACAUGCUACCUUCGGUUGAUGGGUCAUCUUUGCAAGCAGAGUAAAGCGAUUCGUCGGUGGAUGUUGCAAAAUCAGUCCUUUGACGUGGCAAACAUAUUGUUGGAUUUGUGCAGUGGAUCCAUUCCAUCGCAUCUUCGUGCAACUAUAUUUGCAACCCUCUCAGCUCUUAUGACUGACAAAUCUUCCUUUGUUGGGAACGAAAUGUGGACACGUCUCGACGGGUGGUUGUCGGGAGGAUCCAUGAGCGCAGGCAUUGGAAAAUUGCCGUUGGUCUCUAAUCCUGCUAUGUUGCAUCAACAACAGGCUUUGAAGACAAUUGGAGAGAGCUUCGACCAAACCAAUGCAUUUGUUGCUCUCAUCAAUUCACUUGUAUCCACUCCGCGGGACUUGGCUCACGAGUCCAUGGCCCUGUCUUUCCCGGAGACAUUGGGUGGAGCCUAUCGCAUGUCCGGUAUUGAGCCGUACAUUGAUUUUGUCUUGGGGCAUGCCUUUUCCCGGAAAAUCCACGACCUCAGCGAGUAUCAAUCUCGUCUUUUGACCUUUGGCUGUCUGCAAUUCGUAGUAGAAAGCCUGAGGUCAUUCAAUCAAGACCUCGUUAUAUUGUUGAGCCAGCCAUCCGUGUCCGAUUCUCCAGAGCAAACUUCCUCACUUGUCGCUUAUGUUUGCUCUCAUCCAUUUGCCCGUGUGCUGGACUGGCUUUUCAACGAGAAUGUCCUCAAAGCUCUGUUUGCAGUCUCCAAGAAGCACACGCCAGAAGUUGUCACUUCGCAGUCCGACUCUUUGCUCGUCUUAACCUUGCUUCGAAGCCUCGAGGUGAUGGACCUGCUCGUUGACCUUCAAUCAACUUACUUCAACAUUGUUAAGCCGAUAGUACAUUCUCAGCCUGGGUCAGCCAGGACGUUUGUGGCCAACUCCUCACUCUCCUCUUUCGAGGAUAGUGUGCUGAACAAUUUGUCACUUAUCACGUCCUUGUGUAUGUAUUGCAGUACGGGACAUCAACAGCUCACGAUAACAUCAAUGACCCUCCUGGAAAAGCUCACCAGCUCCAGGAAGCUCAACAGAAUGAGCUCCCCGGAAAUAACCAAAUGGCAAUCUUCCAACAAGAUCGUGGAGGUGCUUGCGGCCGAGGUCAACAUGGACAGCAUCACCUAUCCACUUGUUGAUCAAAUGAAAACAGAUGUCCGAGAGUUUGCUUUCGGUCCUAUGGCGGGCGGUUAUGUCAUUCGAGAGCGCCUUCUCGCUCUUCUGAAUACCUGCCUGGCGUCUAUCACUGAUCGCCCCACGGUAGCUCAUCUCAUGCUAGGAUUUGAAUGUGUUGGUACUAUCCUAGAUGUGUCAGCAGAAGGGCUUUUCGCAAACCAGAAGUCUUUGUUGCAUGCCCUCAUUGAUUUUCUGAAGACAUACCCCGAGAAUAUCGACGGAACCAUCAUGUCUUGGGCGGUGCAUCUGAAACGCAUGGCUAUUGAGGUCUUGAAACAUCUCUGGUCAUCUAAGUUAUCCAGCUUUUACACGAUGGGUGAAAUGCGUGCGCAAGCAUUCCUCCGCGAUAUGUUCACCAACCAAAUCAUUGUCGGGCCCAACACCUCUUGGGAUGCAUGUGCUGAGGACACUGGCUAUUCGGAGGACACUGACUCCUCGGAGGACACUGACGAGUUCCGGCUCACGGAUGGUCCAAAUGCUAUUGCAGAAUUCCUUCUUUACCGAAGUCAUCUCUUCAACUAUGCUGCUAGUGAGGUUCGUUCGGCAGCACAAGCUCGAUCACCGGCUUUGCAUGCCCAGAUUUUAUCUAUCUUGCUUGGAAACCCUGUUGGGGAGACUGGCGUGCCAAAUUCCAGUCCGUCAAUUUUCGACUUGUUCGAUUUUGCGGACCUCGAUGUUGGCUGUGAGCCCUGCACGCCUAAUCUCUCUCUCCUGCAUGAAGUUUUCCUACAAAUUGAACACCAACAAAAGGAGGGCGUGUUCGAUCCAGAUGGUGUUGGUGAGAUGAUUCAAUUGCGCCGGUCCCAACUAGAGGCAUAUGCGGAGGUUUGCCAUUCUCGGUCGGCGGUCCUUCCUGAUUAUGAGGAUGAGUUUAAACAAGAGACCAAAACCCUGAAAUCUUACAUUGUCCAAUCCGGCCAGAAACGAGUUGUUCGGGAAAAUCGUUACCUCGCCCUCCGAUCCUGGGUGGAGCUUGUUGCCACGGUCAUCACUUGCUCUGCUCUCGAUGAAGAAAGCAAACCCGCCUUUAUUCUUCACACAAUCCAAUUAAUCACCCCUAAGCUCACGAUGGCGAUCGAGGCCGAUCUUCCUGACGCGCUGGAAUUGGCACGACUGGCUGAGCUGCUCAUUGGUGCUCUUGCCUCCAGUGCAUCGACAGGAUCUCGCAGCGGAGAUGUGAUCGAUGAAAAAUUGCACCAGCUUUUCCAGCUGUGUAUUCGCGGUACCAACUUGGCUGCAGGGAACGUACUGUUGAGGGAAACCCUCUACGGUAUCUGCUCUCAUUACAUUAUUCGCAUCACAUCGUCAGAUAAGUCACAUGAUAACCUCCGACAUCUUAGCCAGCAGGUCAUCAAGUCGUCUGGGUCUAAUCUCAUCGAGACUAUUUGCGAUGACGCAUAUACUGGCCAAGAGUCUUGCCGUGCAUCUGCCCUUGUGCUACUGAACAGUCUGGCUGUCUUGGAUCGCCAGACUGAUUGCGUUUUGGCAGAAUUUAUCUCGCGUUCAAAUUACCUCAGUCUAUUCUUGGAUGUCCUCCGAUCUAUUCCCGUUGAACUCGACAAUGCCCAGGAAAGCGACACCCCAGCACUGCUCAACUACUAUGAGUCCCUGUUGUCUUUACUCCAGCGACUGUCUCAAACGAAGAAUGGUGCAACCUGUGUUCUUAACUCUGGUCUGUUCCAGGCUGCUCACGCAUCACGUCUUUUCGCUGCGGACCCCGACAUUGGCAUAGAAAUCGAGAACCCCGACGCUCUUCAAAGAUACUAUGACCUUCUACUGUCAAUCCUUCGCCUCGUGGUGUAUGCAGUCUUUUCCCGUGGAAUCGACAACGAGCAAAUCCAGGAGCAGACCAGGGCAUUCUUGGCUGCGAACCGGCCUUGCAUGGUUGGUAUAUUCAAACGAUCUGCCAAUAUUGGAAACACAUCUUCUGCCCACCAGGCUACUCUUCAUGAGUUGGUCAAGGCGUUCAUUACUCUUGUUGCUGCCACCGACUUCAUGGAUUUCGAGGAUCUGGAAAUGCAAGAAACCAUCCGACCAGCUCUGUUCUCAUGA